AGCAAAGCACAACAGAGAAUAACAAAACAAAAAGGAAAACAACUGCAUGUGCGCCGCUAAAGUCGAAAAGUUGAUUGUUUUGCUGGAUUAUUUCACGAUUCCAACAGUUUCUCAAGAUAAACAUGCCGAUUGAUCAGAAAAGAAUCAAUGGACCGGACGGGUCGUUACCCUAUCAGCUCUUCACUGCUAGCCGAGAUAAAUCAUUUGAAGAACGGCUGGAGAAUGUGUUCGAUUCGACUGGCGCAAGAAAAUGUGGCCGCAAGGAUACUGAAAGCCGAAAAUAUUUUAUGAAAUUGGGCGUUGUAUCAACGGCUAAGGGAUCGGCCUAUCUAGAACUGGGGAAUACAAAGGUGAUAGUGUCCGUAUUCGAUCCUCGAGAAAUUCCAAAACAAAACAAGUUUCGUGAGUUGGGAGAGCUGUAUUGUGACUUUAAGCUUUCCCCCUUCGCGUGUGUUCACCGAAAGAACCCACAAACCGAUGCCGAGGAACGAUCUCUAGCGGCCGCAAUGGCCAAAGCAUUGCAACCGGUGGUCUGUCGUCAUUUAUUUCCCAAUUUCCAGAUCGAUAUUUUCGCGAAUGUCCUAGAAGAUGACGGUUCCGUUCUUUCCGCGGUUAUCACGGCGGCCGGAUUGGCUCUGUGUGAUGCCACCAUUUCAAUGUUCGACAUUGUAACCGCCACGACAGUAGCCGUUUUUAAAGAUCGGAUUUACACGGAUCCCACUUUGGCAGAGGAGAAAAUCUGUCUGGAGGGUGGCAGGACCGGUAACCAUGGAGUAAUUACGUUGGCGAAACUGCACACCCUGGACCAAACGUCAGAAAUUAGGCAAGCAGGGAACAUCACUCUAGAAGCAAUGAAAGCUGCCUGCCAGAGGUUGAAUGAGGCCAACAGCGAAGUUGCUCCGGUAGUGCAGCAACUGCUGGUUGGCAAAGUGCAGAAGCAUAUACGAGAAAUUGAUUUGGACGAAGACGACGAACAGAACAGCGACGAUGACGAUCCGGAUACCUCUGCCAUGAGUCAGCUUUCGGGUAAUGCGGGAUCUUAAUAAAAACACUUAUUUUUGA